AUAUUCAAUCCGGAGCGACCACGGUGAGGUCCGAAGAAGUGCAUGUGAGUUAAGCUGAAGGCCUGCCUUGCCGUAACGCGGCCGCUGCUGCUGCACCCGUUACUGAAUCGCAGCCAUAGCGCACAUGGCAUCGGAGCAGAAUCGCCCUCGCUGGGUCGGUGUCCGCUGACAGGCAGAUUUUGAGGCCGGAGAAUCAGGUUUUCAUGUUGUGGACUGUCCGACCUUCCUGCCACAUGUAGACCAGCGAAAGCGUUUUGAAAUGGAGUGCCGAGGAAGAUUCUGCCUCGUGCUUUGCGGCAUGUUGUCACCACACUGCGAUCGGUUGCCGGGAAGAGGUCAAACAGUCGUUUGCGUAUCCCCGUUCGAGGAUAGCCGCGGGAGCAAGAAAGGAGACGGCAAGGGUGGCAGCGUGGCAGGGGUUCGGUGAUAUGGUAAACUUGGAUCUCUUCCCAGGGAGGAGAUGGUCGAGUGUUGCGUCGCUCGUAGGUGAGGAGAUCAGAGCUGCGAUUAAGCUUGGUUCGAAUUUGGGCGGAAAGGAGUAGCAAGAUCAGAAGAUGUCGGCUUGAUUUUAAGGUUUGGCAGGGAGGAGCGCUUCGACAUGAGGGAAGAAAGUGAGCCACGGGCUAGGGCGCCGGCAAAAGUCAAAGAGGUGAGCGGAAUAUUGAACCUGAGAGGACCAGGAGCGCAAUCGGGCGAUCCAAAUCUGCCGAGAUGGCAGUGUCAGAUGUGCCGCCACUACUUGUCCACUGCCGGGGUAGAGGCGUUCGUCGAGAAACUCCAUGGCGUGCAGGGAUCCGUGCAUGGAGGGAGUGGGAGCGUUUUUGCGGGGAGCCGGAUGGAUCAAUCUUUCGUUGUUCUUCCCAAAUCCAAGAACGCUCUUCAGCAGCCGGGGUCUGGAUUCCUCCCGCCUCGGCCCAGAUCAGGGGGAAUUGCAUACCCUACUCCGGGUUACACACCGGCAGCUAAUCAGCCAAUUUCCCCAUCGGCCCCCCCUGGUGGAAGCAGCCAUCCAGGACCCGUCGGGCAUGAGCUUCAUGGGUCGCGGGCCAUGGAUGAAUCGUUUGUGGUGUUGCCGUCCGCGGCGGCGUCCAUGUAUAAAUUCGACAACGCUGGGGACGGUGGGGCAGGACAUCGCGGGGCCGUGGCUAGCAAUGCUCAGCACACUAAUCCUGCCAGCUUCGACUCGCAAGUGAUCGUUGUACAGCGGUGUUUCGAGAUUGCAUCUGCUCACACGCAGGUCGAGCAACCCCUUUGUCUGGAGUGCAUGAGGACUCUGUCGGAGGAGCUCGAGAAGGAGGUGGAAGAGGUGAAUCGAGACAUCAGAGCCUACGAAUUUUGCGUGGAGCGCCUGGAGAAGCAGCAGAAAGAUGCUCUUACCGAGGAAGAGUUCGCCCGAGAGAAGCUGAACGUCGAGGAGCAGGAGAGACAGCUGGAAUUGGAAAUCAGAAAAGUUAAUGAACAGCGAGAGGAGGUCGAGGCGCAACUACGAGAACUCGAUCUCAAGUCCGAAGAAUUCGAGGAGCUGGAGGAAAGGUUCUGGCAUGACUGCAACGACUUUCGGUUGCAGCUUACAGCGCAUCAGGAAGAGAGAGAUGCUGUCCUGGCGAAGAUGGAAGUGGCAAAGUCGCAAUUAGAAAUCUUAAAGCGCACAAAUGUGCUCAAUGAUGCCUUUCAUAUCUGGCACGAUGGCGAUUUUGGUACCAUCAACAACUUCAGACUUGGUCGAUUGCCCAGCGUCCCCGUGGAAUGGGAUGAAAUCAAUGCUGCUUGGGGUCAAGCUUGCCUGCUGCUGUACACAAUGGCUCAGUAUUGCCGCUUGAAUUUUACAUAUCGAAUCUUGCCGAUGGGAAGUUAUCCGCGAAUCGCCGAUAACAAGAAUACUUACGAGCUGUUUGGACCCGUAAACCUGUUCUGGAGCACUCGGUACGACAAGGCCAUGACAUUUUUCCUUGCUUGCUUGAAGGAGUUCGCGGAGUUUGCUUACGCGAAAGACAGAGCAGCAAAUGUCUCUCCUGACAAAUGCUUCAGCCUUCCCUACAAGAUUGAGAAUGACAAGGUGGAGGGCUACACCAUCACCCAGAGUUUCAAUCGGCAGGAUAGAUGGACGAAGGCCCUGAAGUACACACUGUGCAACCUUAAGUGGGCUCUAUACUGGCUAAUCGGGAACACAACAUUCCAGUCUGCUUCUCCCUCAUCAUCAGUUGCUCUGGUGCCAGGUGGGGGUGCUCACUCUCAAACAGAAACCAAAAGUGGGUCGCGAAGGCAACGUGGGACUAUGUAGAGUUUUCUGCCGUUGUCUGCGUACCCAUCUCUUGGGGUUCUAAAUAGAGUUCAUUUAGAAAUGUGUCGAAGGGCAACGAGUUUAUGUAAAUUUUGUACAAUUUCAUGAAAAAAUACUUGUGGUGGAUGGAUCCCUUUCGAUUUAUGUAUGUUCAUGUUCGGAUGUGGCAAAACAUUGAUCGACAAUUACGUUGUAAGGUUAACAUUGGUUCUGUAAUAAUUAUACAAUUAUGGUAACUUCAUUUCAAA